ACUUUGUACACCCCAGUCCAACACCGGCAUCUCCAAAUCAUGACUAAUUUUUUUGGAAUGCUCCAUUGGCUGUUAACUAAUUUAUAUGACCACCAUUUGUUCAUUGUUACCUUCUUUGAGGUCCAUAGCUUUAAUUAUAUGCUGACUGUAAGCUGUAGGCCGUACAUUGGCAUUCUCAUGCAGUUUGCCAUUUGGGGUGUGGACAGGAAUCGUAUAGCUAAUCAGACUAUUCUUUGGAAUCUGUGGGUGAGGUUGAAGAUCCGAGAGAAGAAUGCUCACCGACUGGGUGAUCAAUGUGGGUAUAAAACGCAGCAGGGUACCUUCUGGUCAAUUUGCUUUCCAUUGCAACUGUCAAAGCAUAUCAUGUGCCACACGACAAUUCAUCUUUUCAAACAAGCAGGCCCUUCUCAGGGUCAAGAUGGGGCAUUAGUGUAAACAAUUCAGUUGUACCGUGCCAUUUAAUGACAACUGCUUCCUAUUUAUGUCAAGCAUUAAUAUUAAUAUUGAACCAAAAUAUCAAUAUUUAACAAAAAAAGUUGCAUUAUCAAAUUUGUCUUUUUAGUUCCAAACAUCUCUACUUUUUUUCCUCUUUUGCUAUUUACAAAAAAGUCAGUGUUUCUAAAACGUCUCAUUUUGUUCAUUCCGAAUUACAAUGUCACAUUCUCCCUCUCCUUUUUUACUGUCGUCACUCUCAUUGCAUAGUCUCCGGCACGAAUUCCUUUGCACCAUCCAAGAACGCUCGCAUUCCUUGUCUCCCUUGGCUAUUUUCGUGUUGGCUAUGUUUAAAUCUUUAGCCCCAACUCUUUUAUCUCAUAAAUGCGGCAGUCAGCAUCAAUUCAUCACCUUAUCAAGCACCUCGCCUCCUUCCACCCCCCCAAGCUGUGGUACUGCCCUGCUCACAUUUCAUUUCUUUGCUCUCUUCAGUUUCUGAAGGAUUGACACUUACAACCCGGAGCAACAUGGAAUACCAGUUUCUUUCUGUGACCAGACUGAGAGAAUGCAGAUCUAUGGUGUUAAAUAGACAGCGUGUGGGUACGAGUUUCUUGGCUCGAGCUGAACAAGUGGCAAUGUAAAAACAUUCUGACCAGAUGCACGCACCCUGAAUGAAUGACAAGGAAUCCCUCUCUCCGACCACUUGGAAUUGUGAAACAAAUCGGACAGAUUGUAAAGCAGACCCUGCAGGAUAUCAGUGGAAAUGGACAUCUGCUGGUCAUUUUUGCACUGCCCGAAGUGGAAACAAAUACAGAAAUUGCUGGAAAAGCUCAGCAGUUAACUCGGAUUUCUCUCCACAGAAUGCUGCCUGACCUGCUGAGUUUUUCCAGCAAUUCCUGUGUUUGUUUAUGAUUGAACAGCACUCGCAGUUCUUUCGGUGUUUAUUUAGAAACGGAAACAAAGUUGGUGGUGGCUAAGGGCAGCUUAAUUGCUUUUCAUCGAGCGUUGCCGUCGGGAGAAGAAAGAAAAAAGCCAGUUCAAUUCGACAAUGUCUCCUUUACAUGAGUUAGUGGAUCCAUCCACUUUGAGAGUUACAGUUCGCAUACUGGGAGUGAAUGAGCUGACAUCUCAUCAAACAGAGCUUCCCCGUGACGUCAUGGCAAACUCGGACUAAAGAGCCAAUUGCUUCCAUCCCCAAUGUCCAUUGCCCACAUUCCCGCCAAGUUUGUUGCUCGCUUUGAAUAAGAUGCGCCCCCCCCCCCCACUCCCCCUCACGUCGGGAUGGCCAUACUUAGCUCUGUGCCGUGGUUACCAUUCCCGGGUCUUUCAGCUCAAACUGCAACUCCAUCCAAGUAGGAGGACACAUCAAAUCGCGUUAAUCAGGAAAAAAAAGCUUCAGGGCAUUAGUGCCCGUACCAACGAGUGGAUGGCUGAGGGGAUUUGAGCUUCCUUCAUCAUGCGCGCUUGGAAUGGUGCUAACAAUCCGUGUCGAGUUUUCGACCAACACACACACACACACACACAUAUUCCUGCAUGUCCUGCUUCAGAGAAUGCUGCAUAACGUCAGUUUCGCUAUUUACGCAAAUUGAACGUAUUCCCAUUUAUUGCCGCUAGUGGCUGCGUAGACCCGAUUUGUCUGGCGUCUCAUGUUUUUGUUUGACCGCUUUUAAAGCUUUGUUCCAAGACAAUUAAUUCAGGAGAGAUCGAGGUGACUUGUCCCUCCGCUGCCUUCUCAUAGGGAAGGGACUUCCCAACAUUAACUGAAAUCCAAGCCACGCAAGCACCAGACAGAAAAGGGGCUCCGCAAACGCUCUGCAGUUGGAGAUUGUACUAUUUCACUGGUUUGUCUGCUCAGCUUUUGGCUUUGGGUUUGGCUGUCAUGGGUUUUCUGCUCCUGACAGACGCUGAAUCGGUAGCUGCCACUGACGGUGAAAUACAGUUCUUUGCCAGAUCAUGACCAUCAGCGGCCGGGGAAGGAGCAGUUCCUGCUGAAUCCCGCAUCUCUUUUGCUAUAGUUUACCUUGGAGUCACUUUUCUUGAAGCGUGGAUUCGAGAGACACGCUGCUGUUUUUCUUCAUAAAACAAAGUCCGUAAAGUUCCAGAAACGUAUUUUCCCGCCGCUGGCAACAAAUCACCAGUUUCAACCCAGAUGUUUUAUUUAGUCGGAGGGAGAUUGGAUCGCAAGGUUUUGUAUUUACGUUAUGUGUUCCAAGCAGCGGAUGUUCAAUGUUACUGCCGUCUCCAGUUGACUGAUUAAAGGAAAUGGAAGUUUUGGCCGCUCUGAUUGUAUCCAUCUCUUGGAUCUUAUAUCCCGACAGGGUAGCGAGUGAUUCCAUCAUUCACAUAGGUGCAAUUUUUGAGGAAUCUGCAAGAAAGGAUGACAAAAUGUUUCGAUUAGCUGUGGCUGAAAUGAACAUGAAUGAAGAAAUACUACAAAACGAAAAGAUAACAUUCUCUGUCAGAUUUGUUGAUUCCAACAAUCCAUUUCAAGCUGUUCAAGAGGCCUGUGACCUUGUGUCACAAGGAAUUUUGGCUCUUGUUAGCUCCACUGGCUGUGCUCCUUCAGCUUCACUUCAGUCCUUUGCAGAUGGAAUGCAUAUUCCUCACCUCUACAUUCAGCGCACACCAGCUGGAACUCCACGUUCUCAAUGUUCUAUUACAAGGAAUACAAGAAACAGUGAUUACACGCUUUCUGUCCGUCCUCCUGAUUACUUCAAUGAAGUGAUUCUCAAAGUAAUCACAGAAUUUUCCUGGCAGAAGUUCAUGAUCUUCUAUGAUGACGCAUAUGAUAUUCGUGGGAUUCAAGAAUUUUUGGGCCAAGCUGGUCAACAAGGGAUAGAGAUUUCACUACAAAAGGUUGAGGCCAGCAUUAGCAACAUGUUCACAGCCCUUUUCUCCACGCUUGGGUUUGAUGAGCUGAGCCGUUUCCGAGACAUGCUUCGAAGAGCUCUACUUUUCCUUAACCCACGUACUGCAAAGACCUUCAUUAGUGAGGCAGUUGACACUAAUUUGGCAGCUGUUGACAGUCACUGGAUCUUCAUCAAUGAGGAAAUAAAUGAUGCAGAUAUUCGGGAGCUGGCAAAGAGACUGACUGGCAGAUUGACUGUCAUUCGGCAAACUUUCCCAAUGUCAGAAAGCAAGAGCCAGUACUGUUUGAGAAGCAGUCAUAGAUUUUCUUCUGUAAUGUGCAACCCUAAAGAUCCCUUCACACAACACAUGGAGAUCUCCAAUCUCUAUGUAUAUGACAGUGUUUUGCUGCUGGCUGAUGCCUUCCACAAGAAGCUUGAAGAUCGAAAAUGGCACAGCAUGGCUAGCCUGACAUGUGUAAGAAAAAAUUCCAAGCCAUGGCAAGGUGGGAAGUCAACUUUUGAUGCAAUCAAAAAGGGGAAAGUGAGUGGAUUAACUGGAAUGCUCAAUUUUAGGGAUGAUGGGACAAAUACCAAUGUUCUGUUUGAAAUUCUUGGUACCAGUUACAGUGAGGAAAAGGAUAGAGGGAUUCAACGUCUAGGACUUUGGAGUCCAACCAAUGGAUUGAAUGGUUCUCUUGUCGAUCAAAAACUGGAAAAUAGUAUGGAAGGAGUGACACUGCGAGUUGUGACAGUACUGGUUCCUCCAUUUGUUAUGAUGUCAGAGAACAUAUUUGGCCAACCUAAAGAGUUCUGUGGAUUUUCCAUAGAUGUUCUGAAUGCUUUGUCAGAGCACCUUGGCUUCAAGUAUCAAAUUUACCAAGUUCCUGAUAAUCAACAUGGUAGACUACAAAAUAACGGAAAAUGGAAUGGAAUGAUAGGAGAACUUAUUAACAAGAGAGCUGACAUAGCAGUUUCAGCCUUGACAAUUACUCCAGAGAGAGAGAAUGUUGUGGACUUCACUGGUCGAAUCAUGGACUACACCUUAGGAUUUCUACUUAAAAAGCCAGAACAGAGAGUGGAUAUGUUUACCUGCCUAGAACCAUUUGAUCUGACAGUUUGGGCAUGUAUUAUUGGCACUUUGUUUAUAACAGGCCUGCUUGUCUGCAUGUUUAGCUGGGUAAAGCCAUCGCCACUGCAAAUAGGAUCUGUGACUUCUACAACAUUGUACAAUGCUGCGUGGCUUGUUUAUGGAUCAUUUGUACAACAAGGAACAGGAGGAGACAUUCCUAUUAAUACUUUGGCAGUUCGCUUGUUGAUGGGAUUUUGGUGGCUUUUUGUUUUUAUAAUCAUCUCGACAUACACUGCAAACUUAACAGCCAUCUUGACCAACAAUCGAAUUGAAAACCCUAUUCGAUCUUUCCAGGACCUUGCCAAACAGACAGAUGUUCCAUAUGGUACAGUCCUUGAUUCAGAAGUAUUGCAAAUAAUCAAAACCAAAGGUCGAAAUCCAUUUGAGCUUGAACAAACAUAUGCUCAUUUGUGGAAUAUGAUAAACAAAACGAAUGGUUUGGAAAACUGCGUGAAGAGAAUUCAUGAUGGAAUUCAAAGGGUAAAGGCUGGAAAUUAUGCAUUUAUCUGGGAUGUUGCAGCACUGGAAUAUAUUGUCGAAAAUGAACCUGAUUGCUCCCUUGUCACAGCAAGGAAUUCUAAAGUCGAUCGAGGUUAUGGCAUUGCUCUUCAAGAUGGCAGCCCUUACAGAGACAUUUUUUCACACAGACUUCUAGAACUGGAACAAAGUGGUGAACUGGAUGCCCUAAAACAGAAAUGGUGGCCCAAAGUUGGGAAAUGUGAUCUGCAAAGUCACAUUAAGACGCAUGGGAAAGGAGGCCCGAUGGAUUUGCAAAACUUUGCUGGAGCAUUCGGUUUUCUUGCUUUGGGUGUUAUUUUGGCUUUCAUCGCUGCUGUGGUCGAAAUUUGGUGGAAAGGUGAAAAGAAAUCAGACUCUUCUAGAGAGGCCAGCAGCUCUGUGCAACAUCAGGAUUGGUGGCUAAUGCCAGAAUUGCAAAAGGCACAGGAGGAAGAACCCCAUUCCCAGGAGGACAAUGAAAUCGAAAUUGACCAGUUCCAGAAACAAACAGAUGAUUUCUCUAAAGUCGAUGAGAGCUCUCUUAAAUUUUCACCAUCAUUUGUAGACUUGAAUUCAUUUGAACUAUCUAUAAUGCCAACUGGUGAAAAUCAGGAACAAUAUGGUGAUUUCAGGAACACUAAUUUAACAAUGUCAACCUUCAUACCUGACCAGAUGCGGAGGACAAGCACAUGUAGCUUAUCAGCUAAGACUUCAUCUGGAUUGCCACUGAGUGGCACAGCUGGUCAACAAACUGCACAAUAUGUAUGCACAUCACAAAAUGAGAGAGAUUCGAGCAGCCCUUCUUCCUUCCUCUGAUCCUAACUAAGUGCAGCCAUAAGAAAUGUGAGUUUCUGAAUAUUGUAAGUGAACAUCUUUACAGAAGAAUUUGCCACUUGCAGUUGUAAAUCUUGCUGGAUUGAUCUGAUUGCAUUGUUCAGAAAAUUAAUAAUUAUGUGCAUGUUCUACUUGAUCCCACACAAUUCUUAAAGGAGUAGAACUCUCAUGUUGUUAUAGUCAAUUUGUCAUUUAAUUUUACAAUGUAUGAAUGUAUAGAUUUUUACCCCAGGUUUAGUUACAUUCUUCUCUUUAUUUUUCAUUUCAUCCUAUCCUACAAACCAUUUACAGCUCAAAAAGAGUGGACAGAUGACCUUCUUAGACCUCCACCAAUACCACUGUAAUCUUGACCAUCAAGGUACAUGCAAAAGCAAAGGGAAAUAUUACCUGCUGAGGAAGUGCCUAAUCUCCAACUCAUCUUUCAAUAUUAAGUAGACUUUGUCAAUAAGCAGUAUUUGCCAAAAAAUGAAGUCAAGAUAUUAAAAAUUAAACAAAUAAAAUCAGAGAAAAUAUGAAGAUAGGAGGAAUAGAUAACAUUCAGAAAGAUGCUGUCGUAAUAUCAGAACUAAUUAUCACCUGAGACAUUUGAGGUUAUUGAGAUAGUAAGAGGGUAUUCUCUUUGUGGCAUAGUGGGAAAAGUUUUUAUGUGGAGUUACAUGUGCUGCUUAGUUACUUAUGUCAAUCUGAAAUGCUUCAAUCUAGAAAAAUGUAUAUUACAUUGGCUCGAUAAUGGUACAAAACGAUGCACUUUAGAAAGGUAAUAGAAACAGUGUUAAAUUCAUCAAUUUUAUAGCAACAAAUAAAUUCAAAUAUACAUAGAAUGACAUUAAUUUCACUGUAUUAUGAGUAAAAUAAAAUUGCAAAAUCUAUCGCUUAUUAUCAACUGACAGUACCUAAUGAGGUGGUCAUUUUUUUAGUCUGUAUACUUUUUUGAGAAUUUUUAGAAAUUUUUUCUAUGAAGCACAACUUAAGGUAAUUAAUUUAUCUAGUGUAUAAUUUGCUGAAAUUCUGCUCCUGUAAAAAAAAAGUUUCCAAAACAAUACAUUUUUUUUUACCCAUGCUCAAGAUGUAUAAGCAGCUCAAUAUUAUGACUGAUGGUAAAAUUAUAUGGACGAGCUAGGGGGCAGCAUCCUUAUGUAAAAAAUUACAUAAACUGUUUGAUGAGUCAGUUGCAUAAUUCAGACACUUGAGCUAUAAUUUUACUCAAAUCAUUUACUGUUAAUCUCCUAAACUUCAAAUGAUUUUUAAAUGUACAAUAUUGAGUACAUAAAUAAACUAACCUCUAAUGUUUGUUUCUGUCAUGACCAUUACAAGGGUAAUCAAAAAUAAUGGCCCAGCAAGAAAUGACUUGAUGUAUAACACUCCAAUAUUUAUUUAACUCAAUUGAGCAGGUUCUAGCUUUGUAGCAAUGGUAAAACAGUGUUCCAAAUUCUUAACUUUUUUAAUUUUAUUUUAAUUACAGAAGUUACUAUUAAAGAACAUGAUUUUGUCUGAGAUAACCAUUGGCUCCAUCCUAACAAAUUUUAAUUACUGUUUUGGAAUUCUGUACAAGCAACAUGUUAACUUAACUGUAAGAAUGCAAGAUACAGCUGCUCAGUGUUCACGACUAGUACUUGUUUACUAUGAAAAGUUCAGAGUUUUUUUAAAGCAUUUGUAAUGUCAGACAUGGACAAAUUUUGACCAGGCUGUGAGAUGUGAUAUGAGGAGGGUAGCAUGUUUGACAUCUCAAGGAAGCUAAAUUUAAUCAGAGGAAUAAAGUUAUAAAAAGUAACCAAAAUAGAAUACCAGUAAUAGAGAAAACAAUGGCACUGAACAGUGACAAAAACUAGAAUCAUAUAGAUUCCAUGAUAAGGUUUAAAGUGCAUUCUUCCAAUUUCUCUCAAUUCAGUUCCAUCGCUUUAGAUCAGAAAAUUGCACAUAAGUCCACUAUUUAAGAGAGAUGAGAGAGGAUGACAUUGGAUUUCAAAAUUGUUUAGCUGAGAAGUGGUUACCUCAGAAUGCAACAGGACCUUGAUCAGAUGGGUCGAUGGGCAGAGUAGUGACAGAUGGAGUUUAAUCCAGAUAAAUGUGAGGUGCUAUGUUUUGGUAGGGCAAAUAAGGGCAGAACUUCACCUAUGGUAAGGUCCUGGAGACUGUUGCUGAACAAAGAGACUUUGGAAUGCAGGUUCAUAGUUCUUUAAAAG